AAAUCACAGAAACAACGCGUAAUGCGGCGGCACAACCCAAUGCGAGUACCAGACUCCCAUUUGCCUCAUGGCCUUGCCCAAGCUUCGUCUACGUCCUCAAAGACAGAGGCCAUUUUGCCAAUCAUUCAAAAGAUGGAGAGUGCCGAUUCUUCAGAACGGAAAUGGGCUUGUGUAGCGGUGUCCAAUCUAAUUCAGAAUGACCCUUCGACGCGGCGACUGCUUCAAGGAAAAAAUGUCGUUGGUGCAUUGAUAGCCCGAUUGACUGACAGUGAGGAAGAAGUUGUCAUUGAAGCCAUGGGAUCCCUUAGAAACCUCUGCAUCGAUGGCGGUUACGAUAUAUGUGCCGAAAUGUAUAACAAAAAUAUCCUGGUACCAUUGAAGACUUUUAUUCCCAAGAUAUCCUCUACCCUCGAACAAUUUCUGCAAACACCCAAAUCCGCUCCGGAAAAUGCACUAAAAGUCGUAUACGAGUUUGCGGACAACGUUAUCACAGCUCUGUGGUGCCUAUCAGAAACGUCAAAUAAAGCGCUGAAUGCAAUUAACGCCAUACGUUUGGCACCAUUUCUGAUGUCUUUCCUUGCGUCUCGCGAACAGCUUCCCAUUGCCCCCAUCGUAGCUGCAGCCCAGUGCCUGUACGUUUUGACUGACGAUAACGAUCCGGCGAUAAACGAUGUCAGAGCUGAUGCCGGAUACAUCUCUUGCCUUUUUGACAUUGUUCGUUCUGUUCACCAUGAUAUGAAAGUAAAUGGCAAGGCGAAAGAGCGGGAUCAACGUUCCAUAACCAUAAGUGUUUUAGCUGCAGGUAUUCUCCGGAACAUUUCGCCACUUCCGCCACCUGUUGCAGCCUCUUUCGUUGAUAUUGACAAAGACAUUGUUCUGCCCUUACUGCAACCUGUCAUCACGUCGGUAUCUCUACCCGACACUUCCAAUAAUGUGCAGGCACUUGUUUCUCAGCAGGCUAGUAUACCACAAACCGAAAAAUCGUCGUUGAAAAGCACGCCAAAAUUUGAUCAUAAAUCUCCGAUAGAGAUUGAACUUGAGCGUCUAGAGUCUUGCCUUCGUACGGUCCAGCUUGCUCUUGAGAUAUUGACAGGAACCUGUGCAACACUGCCAGACCCAGGUCUGAAUGUGGACGAAGCAGAGAGUGAUGACAAUGAAGAAAACGACGAUAAAGAAGAGGCCGAAGUGAUGGAAGAUAUGGAUAUUGACAUGUCUACCAUCAACGAUAAAUCCGGUAUGGAGCAGUCUGAAACCGUGCCGUUACUUCCACCGCUCGUUCCGGCUUUGUUGGCUCUCGCCCAACCAACUUCACUUUCAUUCCCGCCUCUUGCGUCCAUAUCUGUACAUCCCCCGACGACAUCUGCACUCAGCGGUAUACACGUCAGUGCACUAGAGUGUCUGAACAAUAUCUUUCUGUCGUUGGCUAGAGUUCGGAACACCUCCAUCUCUUCUGACAAGGAAGCUGGCCAACGAGUAUGGAAAGAUGUGUGGUCAGCGCUCAGUGUUGUUGGCCCUGAAUUCGGGAUGGGUCAGGAGCGAAGACGAGAAAUGUGGGAGAUAUCCGUCGGCGUUCUAUGGGGGAUUGGCAAUGUUUGGAAAGGGUCCUUGGCUCCUGACGUGAAUGAGGUUAAUCUCCUCACCCAAUUCUGCAAUGCCAGCUCCGACUCGCAGACGCGCGUCAAGUGCAUCGGAACACUGGAGUGUUUGGCCCAACACCCUGAUUCUAUUGAUAGCAAUCGAAUAAUAUCUGAAUACUUGUUGUCAUUCCUUCCGACAGGAACAUCGUCAGAAGUCGGCAUCGAACCCGUCCUUCAAUCGGUAUCUGCGAUAAUCGACAUAUACUCCGACGAAAUGCUUCCGUACGAUGUGAAUUUCCGUCAAGGAAGAUAUUUGAACCGACUGGCGUCAAGUAUAGACGGUAUGAAGAAGUUGGUGAAGACAAUUGACCGGCGGAAACCAGGUGGCCGGGUGUUGAGGUUGAGGGGGGAAGAGAUCCGCGACAAUCUCAUUGCAUUCGUGGAAUAUCGGAAAAAUCUGAAGCUGUAGGCUUUUUUGUUAGCACCAUCUUCAUAAUAUUGGUCUUAUGACUCU